AGAUCUUUGUUGUUAAAUCUAAAUGGAAGCGAACUGAUGGUAGCUAUAUACACAUUCCGUGAAACACUACCAGGUUGGGAGAAGUAACUUAGUUUAGUGGAAUUUAAUUUAACGUGGCUGCCUGGACAUCCAAAGGUUUGAGGAGAUGGCGGCAACAGAGUCAAGCUUGAGUCCAGUACCCACUGCGGAGUCCCUAGUUCCCGCUUGCAUGUUUGCGCCGGACGGAGGAUGUGGAGAAGACCUAGCUGGUACAGAGAGCUGUGAGGGCGGGGAGAGGCUCAAUGGCGAAGCCGUGGAUCACAUAGACUUUACUAGUAAGUUUGCGCUGGUCAGCCCCACAGGAGAGCAGUAUGACUCCUUAUUGCGGCAGCUCAGGGAGCGCAUGGACGAGGGCUGCGGGGAGACCAUCUACGUGGUGGGAGUCGGCUCAGACGGGGGAGAUUAUGGGCUGGAUGAGAAGGACAUGGACGCAUCGGUUGCCACGGUGCAGUCGCUAAGCGAACAGAUAGGCGCCGACCUCAUCCUGCUGCGGGAGCGGACCGAGGCGGGGGGGCGUAUCCGUGACUACCUCAUCCGCCGCCGCGUGGGCGAGACCGACUUCCUGGAGGUCAGGGUGGCGGUGGUGGGGAACGUGGACGCCGGUAAGAGCACCCUGCUGGGGGUGCUCACCCACGGCGAGCUGGACAACGGCCGCGGCUUCGCCCGCCAGAAGCUCUUCCGCCACAAGCACGAGAUGGAGAGCGGGCGCACCAGCAGCGUGGGCAACGACAUCCUGGGCUUCGACCACGAGGGCCAGGUGGUCAACAAGCCCGACAGCCACGGCGGCAGCCUGGACUGGACCAAGAUCUGCGAGAAGUCCUCCAAGGUCAUCACCUUCAUCGACCUGGCCGGGCACGAGAAGUACCUGAAGACCACCGUGUUCGGCAUGACCGGGCACGUGCCCGACUUCUGCAUGCUGAUGGUGGGCAGCAACGCUGGAAUAGUGGGCAUGACAAAAGAGCACCUGGGCCUGGCACUGGCCCUCAAUGUGCCCGUCUUUGUGGUCGUUACAAAGAUAGACAUGUGCCCAGUAAACAUCUUACAAGAGACCCUGAAGCUGUUACAGAGGUUACUGAAGUCCCCAGGGUGCAGGAAGAUCCCUGUUCUGGUGCAGAACAAAGACGAUGUCAUCGUCACUGCCUCCAACUUCAGCUCUGAGAGGAUGUGUCCCAUCUUCCAGAUCUCCAAUGUUACGGGAGAGAACAUGGACCUGCUCAAGAUGUUCCUCAACCUGCUCUCCUCCAGAACAUCAUACAGCGAUGAUCAGCCAGCUGAGUUCCAGAUCGACGACACCUACUCUGUACCGGGUGUAGGCACAGUGGUAUCGGGGACUAUGUUACGCGGAUUGAUACGACUGAACGACAUGAUGUUACUCGGCCCUGACCCCCUCGGCAACUUCCUCCCUAUCGCUGUGAAAUCCAUCCACCGUAAGAGGAUGCCGGUGAAGGAGGUGAGGGGGGGUCAGACAGCCUCCUUCUCCCUUAAAAAGAUCAAGCGCUCCGCCAUCCGGAAAGGCAUGGUGAUGGUCUCGCCCCGCCUCAGCCCACAGGCAUCAUGGGAGUUUGAGGCUGAGAUCCUGGUGCUGCACCAUCCCACCACCAUCUCACCCAGAUACCAGGCUAUGGUGCACUGCGGCAGCAUCAGGCAAACGGCCACCAUCCUGUCGAUGAGCAGGGACUGCCUGCGCACGGGGGACAAGGCCACCGUCCACUUCCGCUUCAUCAAGACCCCCGAAUACCUGCACACGGAGCAGAAGCUGGUCUUCCGCGAGGGCCGCACCAAGGCCGUGGGGACCAUCGCCAAGCUCUUGCAGACGGUGAACAGUUUUCCUUCCAACGCCAAGGCCCCUCAGAUGAAGAUGCAGUCCACCAAGAAAGCCCCGCCUCGCCGUGAGGAGGAGUCUGCGCCGCCCAAUGAGGAGGCGGCACCCGCGGGGCGGCCAACCAGCCCACAUUUAGCACAGCUGCAGACAUUAGGGGAGGAAGACUCGCAAAGUAAAGACGGCAACAAAGAGAACAAGCCAAAGUCCGGAGGCGGGGGCAGGAGGAGAGGAGGCCAGCGUCAUAAAGGAAAGUCCCUGAACAGCACGAUGGCGACCCCUGCUGGUGGAGUAGGAGGCUGUUAAACGUCCUCUCUUUCCCUCCAUUCUUUAAAAAAAUGUUUUUGUAUCUUUUCAUUUUCCUAUGCGACCUCUUUGUUCACGAGUGCUGUGUUGUAAAGCAGGACUAAAUGAACUGCCCCAUCCUCCAAAUGCAGGCAUUAAGCAGUGAGUUUCAGAAGAGUUCUGCCUCAUGCACCACAGCAGCUAAUUGUGGUUUCCCGGCAACAGCUCGGCGUCCAUACAUAAUUUGGUUCUCAUUGCUGUCACGGCGGUCAUGUUUCUUUUCUGUUCUUCACCUUUGACCUCUGGCCGGCCCUAGGUGGACUGUCGCAGACAGAGACGGCCAUAAGGCUCCUUUCCGAACUAAUUUAUUCGGCUUUGAAUGGGACUUGUUUGUGAAAGAGGAGACGUGGCAUUAGUUAUGAAUAUUUUAGAAAAAAAAUAAAAUAUGUAGGAAUUCGGGAACAGAGAGUGCUGAAGCUGUCCCCUCCUCUCUGUUUUGUUUCCCUGUGUGAGGACUCCUGCGCAGUGCGCUUCGUUGUUCUUUAUGGAAAUAGAAUCGAGACGAGAGAGGUCGGCCUGACAGGAAAGGGUGUGCCGCAGUACCCCAGACUUCACGGCCAUUCAGCGGGCCCUCUCAUCCACACCCGCUUGCACAGCUGUUGCUUUUUU